CACAGCCUCCCUCCCUCUAUCACACACACAUACACACACACACUCAGCAAGAGGCAGUGCAGCUCACACAGGAGCCUGAAGAAGAGAAUUUAAAAAAAUUUACACAAAACAUCAAGCUGCUUUAAUGCCCCUCCGGCCGCCUUGUGAUGGACGUUAGGUUCUACCCUCCUGCCCCCACCAGCGUGGGCACCUUAUCUACAGACCCCACCUGCCUCAGCCCCCUGGACUUUUAUCACUGCAACAAGUUUGAUGGGGAGAACAUGUAUAUGAGUAUGAAUGAAAGUAACCAGGACUUCCUUUCGACAAAUCAGAAUUAUAAUGGUCAAAAUGAAAGCAAUGAAGACUAUGAGAUCCCUCCCAUCACUCCACCAAAUUUGCCGGAUCAUUCUCUCAUGCACUUGGUCGACCAUGAACCUGGAUAUCAUUCACUGUGUCACAGCCUUCCUCCAAACAGCUUGAUACCAGCUUACUCCUAUCAGAACAUGGACCUACCUGCAAUCAUGGUUUCCAGCAUGCUCAGCCAAGAUGGGCAUCUCCUUUCUUCUCAGCUCCCUACAAUACAAGAGCUGGUCCACUCGGAAGGAUCCACUUAUGAUCACAACCAUCAGGUUUCCUUGAUAAACCGAUCUGGAAUGCUCCCCAGUCACAUGAGUGCACUCAGCCAAUCACAGUUCAUCUCCCAAAUGGGAAUGAGGAGUGGAGUUACUCACGGGUCCCCCUCUCCACCUGGUAGUAAGUCAGCCACGCCCUCACCUUCUAGCUCCACCCAGGAGGAGGACACAGAUUCCCACUAUAAAGUUGCGGGAGAGAAACGACCUUCUGCUGACAUUGGUAAAAAGCCCAAAAAUCCGAAGAAAAAGAAGAAGAAGGAUCCAAAUGAGCCCCAAAAACCUGUAUCGGCGUAUGCCCUAUUUUUUAGGGACACACAAGCAGCCAUCAAGGGACAGAACCCUAAUGCCACAUUUGGAGACGUGUCCAAAAUUGUUGCUUCUAUGUGGGACAGCUUAGGUGAAGAACAAAAACAAGCCUACAAAAGGAAGACCGAGGCAGCCAAGAAGGAAUAUUUGAAGGCCCUUGCAGCCUACAGAGCAAGUCUGGUUUCCAAGAGCUACACUGACCAAGGAGAAACGAAAAACUCCCAACCUAAUCAACCCUCCAAAAUGAUUCUCCCAAAGCAGUCCAUGUAUAAUCUGCCUCCACAAUCUUCAUCACCAUAUCCAGGCCUGGCUUCAUUUCUGUCCCCAGCAGACCUGCCGAGUUACCGCAGUCACCCUCACAGUCUCUCCCGAAGCCUCAAUGCCAAAUCUAUGUUGCCCAGCAUCAGUGCCUCACCUCCACCUCCUUUCCAGAUCAGCCCUCCCAUCCACCAGCACAUGCGCCACCCUUCCAGCUCUCUUCUUAAUCAAUCCCUCAAUAUGCAGCAAGUACCACAACCACCCAUCCUCCCUUCAUCCAUUGGACUACAGUCACCUAUGAGUUCAUCUCCCACAGGUCAACAGGACUUCUCACAUCUCCCUUCAGAAUUUCCCAGCAAUGUUGGCCCACGAUCCCCAGCUUCCUCCAAUCCCCCUGGAAACACAGAGUGGGACAAUGAGUUUCCCAACAGAGAGUGUGGGAUCAACCACUGCAGUACUCUGCCAGGAGACAAGUCUCUCUACCUCACCUAGAACCACAAACUUGUAAAUGGCGGCUGAAGGAAUGGACAUUUCCGAGAGUCUACAGCACUGGACAUCUAGAACAAGGAUGGCACAGUCACCACGAAGAGCAAACACAAGUGGUUUGUUCUUAGCAAGCUUUAAAGAAUUAGCUUGGUUUGCAGAUAUAAACUUGGUGAAGGCAAGAAGCCAAGCUCCCGUACCUUCUAAAGAACAAAAGAGACACCUCUUGUGGCCACCAUAUUUGCUAUGGAAAGCAUGGGGAUGAGUUCAUCCAGGCAUAUACAAUAUGUAAAGAGGUUUGUUAAUAUUGUAUAGUUGAAAUAACCCCCCCCCCUCCCCCACCAAAACCAAACAAUACUUCUUAUACGUGGAAAACAACAAAUACCUAAAUAAAAUGUGCAAAUAUACAAAAAAAAAAACAUGGAAAUGUGAUAAAAAAAUAAAAGUAUGAAAAAUAUAAUUUGUUGAAUAGUUGUAAGUAGAUUUAUCAUGUGGUUUAGGACUGUGCUCAAGACAUCUUUACAAUUUUCUUUGUGUAUAGAAACAAAAGGAGUAGCUUUCUUUAUAGUAAAAGCAUUUUAUAUUAAUUGUAGCACAUUUUUUUAGUUAUACAUAGGAUGUGUAAAAUACUGCCAAAUUUUUGUUCUUUGUUUUUCUUUUUUUCUUUUUACAGUAUAUAAAUGAUUUCUAUCUGUGCGGAAUCAUGAACUUAUUCUGGGGUUUUUUUCAGUCAUAAUUUCACCAUAUUCUAAAUUGUCAACGAUAAUUUUAUUUAUGAGAUGAAAAAGAUACAAAGAGGAUAUCUGAUUUAAUAAUAAAACAGUUUUUUUGUGUUUUUCAAUCUGCGCUGAAUUCAUGUGCAGCCAGAA